GGAACAGGAAGUGGUAUGGGGCCGAAUUCCGGGCGCGAAGAGGCCGCUGAGGAGAGAGAACUCGACGGCUGUAAGCUAGUGAGGCAGAGUCGCAAUGUUCCGGAUCGAGGGCCUCGCUCCGAAGCUGGACCCGGAGGAAAUGAAACGGAAGAUGCGCGAGGACGUGAUCUCCUCCAUACGGAACUUUCUCAUCUACGUGGCCUUGCUGCGAGUCACUCCUUUUAUCUUAAAGAAGUUGGAUAGCAUAUGAAGAUUUGGCAUCACGUGCGAAUGCAUGAUAAGAAGAACAUUUGCUCCCAUCUGCAAAUGAGUGGUCCCAGAAAGAUACAAGAGACUCUUUGAAUGGGCCUAAAAGUUCUACUUGUUAAGAACAAGUUUGCUGUGGUUACUGACCUUCAUAGCUAAAAUAUAAAACUAUUUGGAAAGUAUGAAAA